AGCGUUUGCAACUUCAUCAGGAGCUGGGUAUCAAGACACUUGAUUGCCCAGUAUGUCAAAGAAGAGAAGAAACAAUGGUCGCUCGAAGCACGGCAGGGGCCACGUGAAGAGGGUGCGCUGCGAGGCGUCUGGUGUGCUGGUGGCCAAGGACAAGGCCAUCAAGCGCUUCAUCGUCAGGAACAUUGUGGAUGCGUCAGCCAUCCGCGAUAUUCAGGACUCCUCAGUCAUUGACAGCUAUGCACUGCCCAAGAUCUACCGCAAGGUGUACUACUGCGUGAGCGCGGCUAUUCACUCCAAGGUGGUGCGCGUGCGCAACCGCCAGGAACGCAAGAACCGCGAGCCCCCCAAGAGGUACAGACCCGGCGGCUUUGGUGACAGGCCAGCUGGCGGAGCUCCCGGCGGCGCCGGCGGCGACGCAGCCAAGAAGGCCUGAACGGGCGAUUCGCCUGUUUUGGACGCCCCUCUCCUGUUGCAGGUUUCCCUGCAAAGGGCAUGAGCUUUGCUGGGGAUCUGUCGGCUGUAUGGAGACUGGUGGAGCCUUGUUGGUGUGGCUUGGCAGAGACAUUGUUCUGUUUCAGUAGCUGAUACUUGGAUGAGUAAUUCGCUACUUGGAGAGGACUGCAGGGCGUGUGUGCUGUGUACUGACAUUGUCACUUACUUAGUAUGGGCGCUGACUUCAAGAUCUUGGCUGUUGCCAAAUAGCCCGGAAGAUAUCUUGGAUCGAUCCAGGGAUUCUCUAGAGCUCUUGAGGCUGAAUAAAUGCACGGUGACCAAUUGUAAAAUGUGGAUGCCCAC